UAGGGCAACGUGAUGGUGGAGCCCUAAUUUUCGAGCGAUGGAUCCGGCAGUGCUCGACGAUUUGAUCGGGCGGCUGCUCGAGGUGCGCAGUGGCCGCCCGGGGAAGCAGGUCCAGCUCUUGGAAUCGGAGGUGCGGCAGCUUUGUGUAGUCUCCAAGGACAUCUUCAUGUCGCAGCCCAAUCUUCUGGAGCUCGAGGCGCCCAUCAAAAUCUGUGGUGACAUCCACGGCCAGUACUCGGAUCUCUUGAGACUGUUUGAGUAUGGUGGCUUUCCUCCCGAGGCCAACUACUUGUUCCUGGGUGACUAUGUUGAUCGUGGGAAGCAGAGCUUAGAGACGAUAUGCCUGCUUCUGGCCUAUAAGAUCAAAUACCCGGAGAACUUCUUCCUGCUCAGGGGUAAUCACGAAUGCGCCUCCAUCAAUCGUAUAUAUGGCUUUUAUGACGAAUGCAAGCGCAGGUUCAACAUUAAGCUAUGGAAGAUUUUUACAGAUUGCUUCAAUUGCCUCCCGGUGGCUGCUCUCAUCGACGAGAAAAUCCUGUGCAUGCACGGUGGCCUCUCUCCCCACAUGAAGACCUUGGAUCAGAUCAAGAGAAUCCCCAGGCCCACCGACGUACCAGAUUCCGGUCUCUUGUGUGAUCUUCUAUGGUCCGACCCCGACAAAGGUGUUGAUGGCUGGGGUCAGAAUGAUCGAGGUGUCUCAUUUACAUUUGGUAGCAACGCGGUUGCGGAGUUUCUUCAAAAACAGGACCUCGAUCUCAUUUGUCGAGCUCAUCAGGUGGUGGAAGACGGAUACGAGUUUUUCGCCAACAGACAACUUGUGACGAUAUUUUCGGCACCCAACUAUUGUGGGGAGUUCGACAAUUCAGGCGCUAUGAUGAGCGUUGACGACACACUAAUGUGCUCGUUUCAGAUACUUAAGCCAGCGGAGAAGAAGCCUAAGAUGUCAACUGGCCAUCCCAAUCUAACUAGACCAGGAACUCCACCUCGCGGAUUAAAGCAGGCAAGAGUGUGAGUUUGAGAUUAGGAAACGGGGAUUGCGCCAUCCUCAAUAAAAGACGUCGCGUUAUUACUUGGUCGUGAUCAGUUAAGCGAGAGGGAAGUUACUGUACAGCAGCUUUGCGUAGCGGCACUGGUGGUCACUGCUGGUGGUGCUGCUGGUGGGAAUCCAAUGAAUGACAGAACAGUGCUUGAUUUGUAUGUUUGUUUUUUUCUUUUUAUCUGCAGUUUUCUCGA